AUGAAUCAUUCCACAUCCACAUUCAACUCUUUAUGGUCAUCCGUUCAGAGCAAACUUCCGAAAAACAUUUUUAACUUCACCAUCCGAUAUAUCAAUAACACCCUUCCAACACGAAAGAACCUAUCAAAAUGGGGACUAUCAUCAACAUCCGAUUGCUCUUUCUGCUCCUCACCUGAAACGCUGCUCCAUGUGAUUGCUGGAUGUAAGACAUAUUUAGACGAAGGCCGGUUUACAUGGCGACACGAGUCUGUUUUAAAUUUCCUCGCAUCCACUCUUACUGCUGUGAAAAAUUCCACACUUUACGCGGACAUUCCUGGUUUUAUGAAUCCAUCUGUUAUCACGGGAGAUCGUUUACGACCUGACCUUCUGCUGGUGACUGAAAACAGAUGUCUAUACAUCCUCGAGCUUACAGUCGGUUAUGAAUCCAAUCUGCUAGUUAACGCCAAUCGUAAGCGUCAAAAGUACCGUGAUCUAAUCAAUGAGCAGGAAGCAGAUUAUGAUAAAGUCAAGUUCGUCAAUUUAACCUUGAGUACCCUCGGAGUUUUUGGCCGAUCUUGUGAAAAUUUCGAUGGCAUGCUAAGUAGCCUUAAAUGUGAUGCCAAGUAUAGUAAAUACAUAAAAAAGCAAAUCGUGAACAUAUGCAUACGAACAUCAUAUUAUGUAUUUUGUAAACGAAACAAGGUGUGGGAUAACCCAAAAUUAAUGUUAAUAUAA